AUGAAUAAUAUAAAUAUAAUUUUUGACGAGUUGAGACAUAAUGAAAUCGAUAUCGAUAAGCAGACUUUAUCGUUUCAUAUAAAUGCAAUUCUCGACCACCAUCGAGAUCUAUAUCGUGAAGUGAGUGCUCAUGGUCUAAACCUUGACCAAGUCUACAGAGAAAUAAAUGUGACAAACUUUGGUCGCAUUUUUGCCUAUUUAGCUUUAGUUUCUAUGCAAAGUGACAGCGAGGAAAGCGUUCGAGAAAAUGUCCGAAAAACUAUCGAGGCCUUUCAAGCUUUUCAUAUCCCUAAGGCGAAGAGGAAUAAUAAACCACCAAUUUUAAUAACGCUCUCACUUAUACUAAUAGCUUUAUAUAUUAGUCUAUGA